AUGAACUGGCAACUGCAUGCAUUUCUCAUAGCAGAAUAUAAGCGCUACCAUCGGCAUGAGAGGCAGCAGUAUCUAACAGCCAACAUGAAGUUCUCUUCGCCGCCUGUGGCCGCCGUGGCCGCCGCCGUCCCCCAGGGAUACGGUGCUCCUCCGCCUCGCUACGACUCCAGUGAGGAGAUCGCCAUCUUGAGGGACGAGCGCGUGAUCGAGGACGACGGAAGGUACAACUUCGACAUGGAGACUGCCAAUGGCAUCGUAGUGUCAGAGCACGGCACUCCCGGAGAGAAGGGAGCCAUCAACAGCGCCGGUUCCUUCUCAUACACUGCUCCUGACGGCACUGACGUCCAUCUCCAAUUCGUUGCUGACGAGAACGGCUUCCAGCCUCAGGGCGCCCACCUGCCAGUGACCCCCGCGUUCCCCCACCCGAUCCCUCAGUUCGUCCUCGACCAGAUCGCCUUCGCCGCUGAGGAGGACGCCCGUAAUGCCAAGAGACCCUCAGCCACUUAUGGCGCCCCUCAGUAAAUAGGUUUUAAUACUAAGAAGACCUUGUACAUACGAGAAUGUUUAUGGUAAAAUAAAAUAUUUAAUAUG